UAAAAAGCAGCCACAGUACCUUUUUUUCUGACAACCAGCUGCCCCCACCCACAACCCACAAAGCACUACCAAAUCCCAGAUGCCCCUUGCAAAAGCAGCAUGUGUCUGCAUUGCAUCUCUUCUCUACCACCAGUGGCAGAUCUGUGUCUUGUUCCUCUCACCGUUAUAUGAGCCCUCUUGCCUGGGCGCUGCACAUCUCCUGACUUUCCAUGGCCUACCAUCCCUUCCUCCAAAUAUAAAACCCUCUCACCCCCUUCAUCCCAUCUCAUUGUGGCCUCUAGAACCCCCCUGAAGUCUUUCUCUGUACAUACAUUCUUGUGCAGAUCUCGUGUAUCGAGUAGUUCCUGUGCUGUUCGUCGCAAGACCCCGAUUGUUCAACUGGUGCCCAAAUGGAUCCCAUGAGCAGCAUAGAGAAGAUCAGGGCCAUGAACAAGUUUAGCGAGAGCAGGAGGCUGCAGAAGCUUCCUACUCUUUCAAUCUAUGCGGUGGCCACCUCUGUCACCUGCCUGCUGCUCACUAGCCCUGCUUGGUUCCCUAGCCUGUGCUCACUCCUCAGCUUCUUCUUCUUCACCACCCUCCCUGGCUUGGUCACAGCCUUCCUGCUCAGCCCCAAGUGCCUCUUCGUCGUCGGCAACCUCAUCGUCGCCUUCCUGGUUGGCGAAUCUAGGUUGUCACCUAGGAGGGACGACGAUCAGCCUUCCUUGGUGAAUGAGAUACACGAGGAGCACGUGAAGACGAACAUGGCAAUGGUCGCAAAGGCAACAACCGAAGCGGUGGUGGUGGCUGACCACAGUGCUUCUCUAGGAGUGGUGGGGCUGGGGAAGGAAGUGGAGGUGAAGGAAGAGGAAGGGGAAGAGGAGGAGCUGCACAAGAGAGUGGAGGACUUCAUUGCAAGGGUGAAGAAGCAAAGGAAGCUGGAGGCCAAGAGCUUCUUCGAUGUUGAUCGAUAACUAUGUCCGGAAGUUGCCAAUUAAAGCAAGAUUGCAUCCAAAAAGAUCUUUAAGGCUUUGUGCUGCUAUCCUUGAUCAUGUCUUGUUAUGUUAGUUAAAAUAUCGAAGGUAAGGAGGAGGUCAGGAGAUGAACCCGUUCCAAUGUAGGAGUUACAGUGUCACUGUAACCAUGGCAAGUAUUAGGGAAAGGAGAGACAUGGAAUGUGUGUGAUCUUUGAGAAAAGUACAAAGGAAGAAAAGUGAUGCAUGGUGUGUUUCUCUUAUAUUGAUUUGUGUCAAGACUCGAUUGGCUUGCUGCCAUGAU